ACAGUUUAUCUUCUAUCUGUCCACUGUUACUCACAUGUUUCUCACCAAAUGCAAACACACAGACGGACACAAGCGCACACAUACAUUUCCACAGGGGCUUCACUAACCUUUUAAAGCAACUUGAAAGUGUCCGUCUUGCUUUUGAAACCCGUAAUUGACAGUUUGAUUAGGUCUUUUGUAGCCUUAGGUGAGGGCUUAAGGACUAAUGCAUUAAUGCCUUGUUUACGCUUCCACAAGUGUUCGCUUCCCCCUAAAUCUGCUUUGAAUCACAUACCCAAAAAGCCAGGUGAGAGGCAUGGUGCGUGAAAUACUUUAUGUCAGGAAAUGUAUGACACAUGAUUGCCAAAGCAAAAAAGACAGAGAUGGAGAGAGCAAUAAAGUUUUGUUAGUCGAAGCCGAUUGUUGUUGAUAAUGUCCAUGGUUGAAUUUGGAUCAAUUAGGGACUGGCAGAUGUGCAGAAUCAUGGUUGACCCCAGGGCUUAAAGAAUACAAUCCAAUUUUCCUCAACAAAUGUAAUACCAUUAGGGCGGAUAAAAACAGGCAACUCACAAGGGAGGAGUCUCUUAAAAACCAGGGAGGGGGGAUGAGACGGAGAGAGAGACAAAGCAGUUGCUCAGAGGAAAGAGACAAAACCCACAAGUACUUGGAACCAGAGACACCUUAAGUCUGGAAAGUUGGUGAUAGUCAGGAGAAAGUUUAACUUUUUCAGCAAAUGAGGGCCUGAGAGGAAAGAAAACUCAGGAAGAAGAGAAAAAACAACCUCACCUGACUGGUGCAAGAGCGAUAGUGAGUCUUCUGUGGCCAGUAAAGAGAGCCGAGCUGACAAGGCAAAACGAAACUAGUGAGCGUUUAGAGAGUUACUCCUCAUAUAGAACUACAGCAUUGUUACAACACUGGAGAAAAACUGUCCUCACAACUUUUUUGGAUUGAACUUCAAAUCAACUUUAGCUGAAGAGACUGAGCAAGACUGAAGGACAAAAUAGGGGUGAAAAGGUAGUCACUAAAACCAACAUACAAACACAAAUUCAGCAGAUUGAGAUCCAUCUUUUUGGACUAUGAGGAUCUUCAAUAAAAACCUUCGCCUUCAGGACGUCACCAUCAUGUACUUCACUGCCUUGGCUACCCUGAUGGUCAUCCUGGUGUCUUCGUACCAGGCGCCUUCCACUGCUGUUGAAGUGUCUAGCCUUAAAUCAACACCCUCCAGCCCUCUCCCGCCUCUCCCCAUGCCCUUCCGUGUGCCACUUGACCCACGCGGGGAGCUCCAGCUGGCCUGGAACAUCAGCUACGCCGAACAGGAGGUGUACAUGGAGCUGAGGGUUGCAGAGCUGAGACGUGGCGUGGUCCUGGGUAUGUCUGACCGUGGGGAGCUGACCAACGCUGACCUGGUGGUGCUGUGGGAUUCUGGAACCAAGAGCUUCUUUGGGGAUGCAUGGAGUGACAGUGAGGGUAACGUCUCACUGGACAGCCAACAAGACUACGAGUUGAUCGAAGCCACGCAGAAGCCUGAUGGCUUUUACCUGCUCUUUAAAAGACCAUUCAGUACAUGUGAUCCCAGAGACUACCUCAUAGAGGAGGGAACUGUGCACGUCAUCUAUGGAUUCUUGGAUCAACCGCUCACCUCACUGGAGCAGCUCAACCUGUCCCGGAUCCACACAGGUGUGCAGAGAGUGCUGAUGCUACGCCCCGACACGCCGUCGCCCACCCUGCCACCAGAUGUGCGGACGCUGGAGGUUGUGGCGCCAAAUGUCACCAUCCCAAAUCAAGAGACCACCUACUGGUGCUUUAUCCGGAAGCUGCCGGAAAACAUGCCCAAGAAUCACAUUGUUAUGUAUGAGUCAGUGAUAACUACAGGUAACGAGGCCAUCGUGCACCACAUAGAGGUCUUUGAAUGUUCUCCGGAUGUCCGCAAUGUUCCAGAGUACAGCGGCUCCUGUGAUGACAAGAUGAAACCAGGCAAGCUCAACUCCUGCCGCCAUGUCCUUGCUGCGUGGGCUAUGGGUGCUGAGGCUUUUUACUAUCCUCCUGAUGCAGGGCUGCCUAUGGGUGGACCGGGUUCCUCAAGGUUCCUUCGUCUGGAGGUCCAUUAUCACAACCCUCUCCUUAUAUCUGGCCGGAGUGACUCAUCAGGGAUACGGUUGUAUUACACCCCCAGUCUGAGGCGGUAUGAUGCAGGGAUCAUGGAGCUGGGCCUUGUUUACACUCCUAUCAUGGCUAUCCCACCCAAACAACACACCUUCUACCUCAGUGGGUACUGCUCCUCCAAGUGUACCCAGACUGCUUUGCCUCCAGGAGGCAUCUAUAUAUUUGCAUCCCAGCUGCACACCCACCUGGCGGGGCGUGGGGUGAGGACAGUUUUGGUGAGGGGAGGCAAAGAGCUGGAGGUGGUACAGGAGGACCAGCACUUCAGCACACACUACCAGACUAUAAGAGUUCUGAGGAAAAUGGUGAAUGUUUUACCUGGUGACGUCCUCAUAACAAAGUGUACUUAUAACACAGAAGAUAGGAGCAAGCCUACCGUGGGAGGUUUUGGCAUCAUGGAGGAAAUGUGUGUUAACUACAUUCACUACUACCCUCGCACUCAGCUGGAGCUCUGCAAGAGCCAUGUCGACGCAGGAUACCUGCAGAAAUAUUUCAGCUUCAUUAACAGGUUCCAGGAAAAUGACCAGUGUGUGUGUGGUGAGGUUGAUGUGACAGAGCAGUAUUCUCAACUACAGUGGGACACAUUCACUGGAGAGGUGCUGGACUCCCUUUAUAAUACAGCGCCCUUCUCUAUGCACUGCAACCAGUCGACUGCACAACUCUUUCCUGGAGAGUGGGACAAACAGCCUGUACCGGCGGUGACGUCUGUCCUCGAAAAACCUCGUUACCCCUGUGAGGGAGGAGCGAGUCCCACCAGCCAGCCCGUGGGACUCGCCCAAGGGGGGGCGGCCUGAAAAACUGCACACUGCAGCCCAGGGAGAAGCCACCUAACCUGGGAAACGCUGAAGAAGCUCCUGUGAUUUGAUAGAAUUUGCCCUGAUCUUAUCUCUGCUGGGCUUUCUGCCACCUGCUGUUAUAUUCUUAUGCAAAUUCUCAUUGUCUGUGUUAUUAUUAGUGCACACAAGUUAGUAUUAGUCCUAUUCAUAUGUCAUAAAAGUAAACUUUAAAGUAAAUUAAUAUGAAUUUACUACUCCCACAUAUUUCUUUUGCUCCAUUUUGUCUCUUGCUCGUCUUGAUAUUGACUAAAAAAUAUCACUAACACAUUAUAUUAUUUGGUGGAUAUUUUUAGUGUGUAAUAAACAGUUCUAUUAUGUAUGAGUUUUAUAGCUUACCACUUCUAUAUUCAGUGUGUCCUUUGCUACAUGUUCCUG